AUGGUUAUAGGUGUAAUAGUCAAAUUAGAGUUUUUAUCUAAAAGGGUGGUGAAUUGCAAUGUCAUAAGUACUACAACAGCAUUGCUACAGAACAACAAAAAGGUCUGGUAUGUUACAUUUACUGUUUCAUCUAAUUCAGCACAAAAAGAAAAAGAUCUAUUUUCUUCCAUAUCUAUAGGGCAUGCAGUGAGUGUAAAUGGGCAUGCAAAAACAUCCCGAGCCGAGCACAUAUUUGCACGAGUUAAUAAUAUAAAAAUAUUGGAUAGGUACUCACUGCUUCCCUCGAUAUUUUUUCCCAGUAUUAGCAGGCCAUGGUCUCGUGAACUAAUCCAAAAACGGCCGGAUGAGGCAGUGCCUGCGAUGGUUCUUGUUGCAAAGCUAGUCUGCAAGAAGUAUAAGUGCCUAGUACACUGUGUAGAUUCUUCAAACCAAUACUUUAAGCUGACUCUUCAGACCGACAAGCAUAUUAUAGAGCACAGAGACAUUCUUUUACUAACAAACGUGCUUAUAGACCUGUCUAAAAAAGAGGUAUGCACCCAAAGCACUUCAACCAUAGAAAUAAACCCAACAAUGACUCUCAAGGCAAUUGCUCAGCUACAGAGCAAUCUAAGAAUGAGAAAGCAAACCAUUCAAACAGUAAAAGAAAUAGAUACCCUAAAGAAAGAUACAUCUAUCCUACUGGAAGGAAGAGUGUUCAGUAUAUGUGAGGAGAAAAGAAGUGUGUGCAUUUCAAAUGCAGAGGGUGGGGUUUCUGUGAAAUUAGAAGCAGCGCCAUUCCAGCGGUUUAUGUCAAAGCUGAUGAGCUUUAAUCGGUUCUCAUCUAUAAAAGAACUUCAUGCCUCUCUCGCAUUCUGUAAAGUAUCCCUGACUGCGGAUGUUCUAAUCCUGAAUAGUGCUGCUUCUAUCCAGAAUGUAGACGUUAAUCCAUCUUUCUAG